CACGAGCUCGGCGCGCCUGCGACCCCCGCUCCGCGUCCGAGCGUGUCAGCCUGUGGCCUCAGGAACCGGGAGCUCGGGAACCGGGAACUUCUCCACCAGCCUUGACGAGAGAGGCCCUGGUGGGCGACGGCUGCUGAAGAAAUUGGGGCGAGGUAAAGGGCGAGCGGCGCCCAAAGGGGACGUCAUCAGAGCGCGCCGGAAGCGGACCGAGGAUGAAGAGUGCAAUCUACCACGCCUUGUCUCAGAAAGAGGCAAAAGAGUUAGAUGUUCAGCACCCGGGAGCCCAGCGGGCCGAGGCCUUCGUGCGGGCCUUCCUGAAGCGCAGCACGCCGCGCCUGAGCCAGCAGGCCCGCGAGGACCAGCUGCAGCGCAAGGCCGUGGUGCUGGAGUACUUCGCGCGCCGGCCGCCCAAGGAGAAGAGGAAGCGGUGCCGAGGCCUCUCGGCCAGGCAGAGGCGGGGGCUGCGGCUGUUCGACGUCAAGCCGGAGCAGCAGAGAUACAAUCUCUUUCUUCCUCUGCACGAACUCUGGAAACAGUACAUCCGGGACUUGUGCGGUGGUCUCAAGCCAGACACGCAGCCGCAGGUGAUCCAGGCCAAGCUGCUGAAGGCGGAUCUUCACGGCGCUGUCAUUUCAGGACCCCCGCCGGUCUCCCGCGGGCACGCGCCCACAGCCCGGACUCUUGAACGGAAAGCCCCUUUCAUCCAGUCCCACGGUCCUGAAUGUCCCCCGUGGACUGGCAGCUCCCAGGUCCCCACUCAGAUGUCACCUCCCUGAGGGUCAGCCAUCGCCGGCGGUGCCCCCGCCAUUACCCUGUCCUUGUGUUCUCUGUACCACGUGCCACUAGCAGGAAGCACAGCUGUCCUGUCCGGCCCGGCCCGCGUCGCCCUCGCCCCGGUGGAACACGGGUCCGUGAGAGGCGCCGGCUGUCCUCGCUGCUGUGCCCAGCACCUCCCAGGGCAGUGCCGAGCACGGAGCGGGUGCUCGGCGGACGUCACUGUGCCGGGCAUGGGUCCGGCGAGGAGCCUGCGGCCUGCAGUGGCAGCUCUGCUCGCUCACACCUAGGCAGCCUGUGGCGGGGUCCCAAGGGGUCCCGUGCUGGCCAGAGUUCGGGAGCGCAUGGGAAGACGUGAGGGGUGGGUGUUGCCAGGCCCCGUGAGACCUGGCCGUGUCCAAGCGCCCUGGCUCUGGGCACUGCUGGGCACACUGCCCUCCUGGCCCUGGAAUCCUUCCCACACCCCCAUGGCCGCAGGCCUUCUAAAGGACCCUUCGUCAGACCCCUCCAGAGACGCCCGGUCACAGGCACUGGGUGGGAAGCCAGAUUCUCAGCAACUCGUCCCUGCCCCUCCGGCACCCCUCCUGCCCCCGCUGGCUGCCCGUGGCCCUCCAACAUCACAGAGACCAAGUGAUGUUG